AUGGGGACGGAUAAUAAUAUCACUGAUAGUGAUUUUUAUAGUUCCUCAACAACGUAUAGAAGUAGUAGUGUAUCAAAUCAAAAACGUUAUGUUACAAAAUCAUUAUUAGAAUUAGGAUCCGUUCCAGAGUUAAGUGAUCAUAUUAUAUUCUUUAAUCGUAUACCAAAGACUGGAUCAGAGAUGUUAGUAAUGUUAAUACAAUGGUUACAAGGUCACAAUAAUUUUCGGCAUGUGCGAUUAUUAAAUGAUGCUAAUAAACGUUUAUUAACACGUUUAGAACAGGAAAAUUUUGUAGACGAAGUAACAAACUAUAUAAAAACAUAUGCAGUUCCAAUGACCUUCGAUCGACAUAUUUAUUUUGUAAAUUUUACAUCAUUCGAUAAACAGUCACCAACCUAUAUUAAUUUAAUUCGUGAUCCUGUGCAGAAAAUUAUUUCUAGAUUUUAUUAUAAUCAAAGAAAACCAAAUAAAAACAAUCCAGAUUUAAUUUAUGCACCACAUAGAGAACCAUCCAAAUAUCAAAAAACUCUUGAAGAAUGUAUUGUCGCUGGAGAUCCAGAAUGUCAUUUCAUUUCAGGAAAACCAUAUGAUCUUACUAUACCAUAUUUUUGUGGUCAAGAUCCUGAGUGUAGAAUAUUAAAUAACGAAUGGGCAUUGCAAAGAGCAAAAAAUAAUGUUGAAAGAUAUUAUCCAGUCGUUGGUGUUCUCGAAGAAUUAAAUUCAACAUUACGAAUUUUAGAAUCGAAAUUACCAUACUUUUUCAAAGGAAUACAAAAAGUAUAUUUUGAUGAACUCAUGAAACCACAUUACAAUAAAAAUCGUAAAAAACCAAUGGAUGUUGAUGACGAUGUCAAAAAAUAUUUAAAGGAAUCGUUAAGCAUGGAGUAUGAUUUUUAUUAUUGGAUACAAGCACGAUUAUUUCAACAAAUCAAAUUCAUUACUGGAGAACAUAACAACCACUAAAUCAGUCAGGCAUCAUAAAUAAUAAUUCUAAGCAUCCUAUUUGAGGUAUGGAAAGGAAAAACUACUAGUUCAACUAGUAGCCAACGUAAUAUUGGAGAUGAGACCGAAGCCAGAAAAGCAAAUCAAUGUACACUUUUCUCCAGCACUGAAUUUUCCCAUUUUUCAUUCACCUCUACAAAUUAUUUCCCAGUAGUGUAGAAAGUUUCUUUGGUAUUUGUUCCGCUUUGCGGACUAUGGAGGAUUUAUAAACUUAUCGUAGAAUGGGUGAUCGCAAAUAGAAAACCCAAGAUGUCGCUUCGACAGCCCGCGAUCUUGCUGUUUCUGAAUACUAGAUAAUUUUUUGUACAGUGUAGAUAUAUAAAAGAAUAU